GGUGUUUCGGGCGACCAGUGCAGUUUUCGGUGAUGGGUUUUUCGGUUCAGUGUACGGUUUGGCAUCGAGCCCGAAGGACACGCACAAAGGAUACACCGUUACCGAUUGCCGGCAAUCUCAACAGCAAGCGUGUCAAUGCCACCUGCUACUAAGGCUGGCCAAGUGAGUGUGGUGAGAAAAGUUUUUCAAACCAUCUCAAGAAAAAAAAACGUAGACAGAACGGGUGAUGGUGUUUUGUGGAAGCAAAAGCUGAAAACAUUGCGGCACCCGUAACCAGCAGCAGUAGUGAAGGCAGCGGAAAAUGUAUGCAAACGUUCGAUGUGUUUGACUGGCGGUAAAACGUGAUCGUUCUUAACAAAAAAAAAACUUCCACACAAGAUUUGGGAAGCAAACGGUAAACCGUGAAAAGCAAAAUAAAGGAAAGAAAUCUUCGAUUGUGCACAAGAAAAGUCGUAACCCCGUGCGUUACAGGUGCCAGAAAAUUGAAGUGUGUGUGUGAGUGGUAUGCUUCUUUAAAUAAAAAAGGCUUUUUCCCCGCUACGGAGGAGUUCCGGUUGAAAUGUGGUGCAUGUGAAAGGUUUCAUUUGAAGCUGUAAUUUCUGUUUUCUCCGGUGCUUUUCCAGGGGACGGGGCUUAGUGGCAUGCAUGGGUGUACCGCUUGUGUGAGCGGCAUGUGGGGUUAAAAUGUGUGCUCCCAGUCAGCGACCGUGUUCCGUCGGGUCUAAUGGAGGGAACAGCGUGAAAAAUCGCCGUGAGUGAAAAGUGUUGUUUAUUUUAUUCAAAUCUACCCACGGUAACGGAAAGAAGCAAAGCUUAAAUCUAUCGGGAUGGCACCGGAAGUUUCCCCCCGGUCCGGUGGUCGUCGAGUUGUCGUCUUACUUUUCCGUUUCAAUCCGUACCAGGGUGGAAAACUCAAACGUGACGCGAUCGUUUAAAGUGUAACCCCAUUUUCCGGCGGCUGAAGGGGUUUUUUUUUGCGAUUUCCAACAAAGUAGUGACGGUACGCGGUGCAAACAGCAUUUUCCUUAACGAAUCCCAAAGCCGUUCCCCCUAAAUAGAUGCUUUGCUGUGCGGGACAGUAACCGUGGCCAGAACACGUAGGUUUGUGUUGUUUUGGAGACGAUAGGGGAAGAAAUAAAAACUUCACACCGCGCAUACCACUUUCGUGACCGUACCUGUGCGCGCUGAAUGUAAAAUCGGUUUUUACAGGCCAGAAUUGAACGUGUCAGAGCGAAAGUCGAUUCGAUGCUUUUACGCCGCGCGCCGACAAUGGAGACGGUUUGCAUGCAAAUUGUGCUCGUGCUGCUGCUGCUGAUAGUUCACCGGCUGGAUGGUUCCCUUUCGCCGGCACUGCAAGAUUUAAACCAAUCGCAGCAAAUCCCGGUCGACCUCGAGCCAGAGUUCGAGGGCACAAUCCAGAACAUCUCAUCACCAACCGGGCGGGAAGCGAUCCUGACCUGCUCGGUCAAGAACCUCGGCCGGUACAAGGUCGGUUGGUUGCGGGCAUCCGACCAAACCGUUCUAGCGCUACAGGGCCGUGUCGUGACGCACAACUCCCGCAUCAGCGUCGUCCAUGAAGAUUUUCGCACGUGGCGAUUGCGAAUUCGACAGUUGCGUGAAUCCGACCGAGGUUGCUACAUGUGUCAGAUCAACGCCAGUCCGAUGAAGAAACAGAUCGGUUGCAUCGACGUGCAAGUUCCACCGGACAUUAUCAACGAGGAAUCAUCAGCGGACAUAGCCGUACAGGAGGGUGAAGAUGCAACAAUCGUCUGCAAAGCCGUUGGACAUCCGACGCCUCGCGUCACCUGGAAGCGAGAGGACGGCGAGUACAUGCUGCUGAGGAAGCCCCAGAGUCGCGAACUAAUACGAGUGGAAGCAUACAACGGUACCCAUCUACACCUGCCCAAGCUGGAGCGAAGACAAAUGGGCGCGUAUCUGUGCAUCGCGUCGAACGAUGUUCCACCGGCCGUUAGCAAACGUGUAUCACUGAGCGUUCACUUUGCACCAUCGGUACGGCCAACGAGUCAGCUGCUGGGCGCUCCGCUCGGUUCCGACGUGCAGCUCGAGUGUACGGUGGAAGCAUCACCGAUGCCCGUGUCCUACUGGUUGAAGGGUGGACGCGUUCUACCGAACAACUUUGCCAGCGCAUCGAACGGCAAUUACGAGCAACCGAGCCUAAGCCGACCGGAAAUGCUGCUUGACGGACCCAAGUACGGCAUCACCGAGGAUCGGCACGGGUUUCGCACCAACAUGCGGCUGGUGGUACGAUCGUUUUCACCGGUUGACGUUGGGACGUACCACUGCGUCAGCACCAACUCGCUGGGGCGGGCCGAUGGCACUAUGAGACUGUACGAAAUAAAAAUUCAUCCGGGCGGUGCGCAAACAACGGACGAUCAAUUAAAUAUAAUUGGAGGUCUAGCGGAAGCGGCACGAGGUCGUGGAAAUUCCGCCACCAGCUCGCUACACCCCAACCGAACGCAUCAUUUUCUACCGAUGGUGCUACUGCUGAUCGUAUCGCUGGCACUCGGUACGAUACGAACGGUCAUUUCCGCCAGCAGCGACAGCAACAGCCAACGUCGGAACGGUAACAGAUGACACAAUUUCGACAUAUCCGGUGCGUGAUAUCGAAUCGGUAGAAGCUGUUGACCAUCAUCCACGCUUACCCCCGAAUCCACCAGUGGGAAUAAACGGCAGUGAAUAGAAAUGGCGUGGGAAAAUGACAGUUUCAUCGCUAGCUACAUCAACACCUGUCCCAUAACAAAAAUGGCCGAACAGCGGUGUGGUAACGAUUAGGUUUUAUUGAACUUUACUCAAUGGCAACAAUAAUAUUUCGCCAAGGGAACGAGAACAAGGACGGUCAAGGCACGGGAGUGGAUGGCAACAUGAAACGGUUUUCAUUUCUUCCCACGUAAGUGAUUAUUACGGGAGUACGCAGAGAAAGCGAACCAGCUUAGCAAUGCUAGAAAUGUGUAAAAAUGUUUCCUCCUUCAAAGAAGUUUUCGAUGUACAAAAAGUGGUUUUCUUUUUAUCUUGCAAAUACAGGCUGCAUUUGUGGAAGAAUUCUGCUUAGCGCAAAAUGAAAACUUUCCAACAUUAUUUACCGUACCGUUGAUGGAAAACUUGCAUGUGGUCAGUAACGGCAACAGUUGUGCAUAUUCACCAUCCAACCAACUGUGUUCGUACAGUUUUCGUACAAACUUAGUCCUACGCUCAGGCAAGUUUGUUUUUUUUUCUUCCUAUGUUUUAUAAAGUACUGGGCGUCUCCAUUGAUCGGGCGUCUCCAUUCACUGGGCGCCUCCAUCGACUGGAUAGAAGGAGUGUUUGAAAUUCAAUUUCUUUACAAAACUCUGUAAAAGAUGAAUGGAAAAGUUUUUGAAUGAUGUUUAACUGUGAAUCAAAUUUAAUUGCCGUCUACAUCCGUAAAGCUACCGUUAAACUGUGUAACUUAUUGGUUCCGCAGAUGGAACGGUGAGAUUAAAGCACCUGGACGAAGUAAAACAUACAGCAAGCAACCAUUCAAAGGAUCAGUUUUUUUCCUAAUUCUUCUACAUUCCUCCUUUAAUAGUUUGUUCAAAGCUUCACGGUACAUCGUACUGAAGGAAACAUAUCUCUCCAUUGCUGAAAAUGGGCUUAAAAAUGAAAUAGAAAUCAGUGACUAAUCCAUAUACUUUUUUAUUAUUUUCAUAUGGUGAAGCAGAUGCUUAUGCAGAAGAAAGGCAUAGCGAUUGUUCAUGCAAUAAAAUCAAAAGAAGGGAACAUUCUUGUUGAAUUUCAAUUUGAGAUAACUAUAUGAAACACCUUUUGACAGGAAGUAAGCUUUUGUUUACAUUUCCUCACACCUCUGAUGCUUGCUCUCCUCCUUGCCUGUCCCGCUUUCGUCAAGCAGGAAACUGAUCACAGAAUGAAUAAUGUUAAACCAAAUGACACGAAAACUUCCAAUACAAUAACGAUAAACAGAUUGAUCUAAGCAAGGAAAUACGAUCGACACAUGAAUGAUCGUCAGAUCCUUUUCAUAAAGGAUGGAACACGAUGCAUUGCAAUCUGGUGGUGAAACAUUGUAAAUAUCUAGAGGUAAUUAAUUCCACCAGAUUCCAUGCAGCACACAGCGCAGCAAACACGCUACAAAGCCAGGAUGAUCACCGUGUUGUGUAUAUUCAACCCAGAACACGAUGCUUUUGCUCACGUACUCUAUCCAUCCAUCCUGCUACGCUCUUUAUUUUACUGUACUGUUUGCGAAUCGAAAGUUUGUUCUCAUAAAUAUUCGCCUUUUAACUCUACGAUGCAACGCUGACCCGUGCGUGCCAAGGGUGAGUAUGAGGUGACCACAGCAGCUAUAACGAGAUUUAUCGGUGCAUACAAAAUCCUCACUGCAGAAUACUCGAAACACAAAAACGCACAAAACGAUGCAAAGAAAAUUGAAAAACAUCAGAAACCCCUUAUAAAAACCUCAAACCAGCAGUAUUGAUGGAGCAAAAUGUUAAGCUCACGGUACAGGAAAAAAAAAACAAAUGAAACAAAGCCACAACACAAGACAACAAAAGCCUGCAAUUGGGAAGCAAGUGCAACAACCGAAAACAUGGUAAAACACAACAGAGAGGGAAAAAAAUAAAGGACACGAAACUCGAUCCCUCCGGUGGAUUGGUUUGCUGGCACAUAAUUUAUGACUGAAUUUCAUUCGAAGGGCGAGUAAUUAAUUAUGAAAAUUAAUGAUAUCUCCGCCAUCGCCACACUUCUGGACCUGGUUCGAUCGUGAUUACCCGCUUACUUGCUUUCGGUGGCGCUUGCAAAUGCGAACUGAAACAGAAUUUUGGGUUCCAUCUUCAAAGCUCUGUUUGGUGGUAAAAAGGUUUUCCUGUUUUUUUGGCUAUUCACACAAACAUUGGCUGGUUUAAUUUUUAUCAUGUUCUACUGGUUCCUAUUUUUCUGUACCAUCGAUCAUAUUGGGAAACCUUUUUUUAUGCUUGCAUCUCAAAUGAAAAAUAUUUUUUGUCGCUGUAUUUUGUAGUUCCGUAAAUAUCUUUCACGGGCUUCUACAGCCAUAGUGGAAAUGUUAAUUUUGAUACAGUCAAUGAUGUACUUACCGCUAGCUGGAAUCGAUGAAUGUAGCAAACUUUUUUUUCAUAACCAGUUAGCAAUUCAUUUCCUUGUAUGAUUACUUUAUGAGUUGCUCUUUUUCAUCAUUCGCAUUUGACGAGCUGCAAACACGAAGCUCAUUAUCGCUGCUAUUGACCAACAUCCAUACAGGGCUGUUACGCUUUGUAUCGGUUUGUGCGUUUCAUUUAAGGUUGAUUAUUUUAAAUUUUGUUUCCCGAAUUGUAAUGGUAUCAGCGUGUUGAAAUUAACACACUUCCCGUACGCUGUGGUAAUUUUUGUCCCUGUUCAAUUAUGCGUACAAACAUUCUCGUCCAUCAUCCACAUAAUUAACAUCCUAUCGCAAUAAAGCAUCGUGUUCUACAACUUGUACCAUACCAAAUAGCCUAUCAAUAACUUCCACACAUUGACCGUAAAAGCUUGUGUUUUUUUUCUAGCUUUAAUGUUCACUAGUGUAUAGAACGAUGAGCAUUUCUGUGGAAGGCUUCGUUUUCGUUUGCCAUCAAGCAGAAGUUGUUGGUGCAGAAGACAAUUAGGAGAGUAAAACACAAUCGAAUUGAGCAAAAGCUAUAUAGGCUUAUGAAGCGAAAGCAAAGCGAAGCUACAUAAAUAAUCAAUUUGAAACCGAUGCUAUAAAACAAACAAAAAUAAAGCCAGACCGAAUGCAGAAUGAGUGAGUACAUACAAUGAGUAAUUAUAAAGCAAAUUGUGAAAUAUGGAUAAAAUGUGAGAAGAACUAUAAUUAAAAGAAAAAAAAAACGAAUAAUAAAUAACAGUGCAAAAGAAAAUGCAAAACAAACAAUAAAACUAGAAAGAAGGUAAAUGAAAUGAUUUACCCAUGCUAAUAGCAGAAAAACGAUAGUUAAAUACGAAGAAAAGAGAGAGAGAGAAAGAGAAAGAUAGGAAAUGAAAACAAAACAAGCAAACCACUUACAUAAAUCAUAAGCCAAAAUGGGAAGAAGAAAAAAAAACAACAAACAAACAAACAAACAAAACGUAUCAAAGCUGUCGUACAUUCAUCUCGAUAUUCGAAUAUAGAAGUUUUAAGGCCUGCCCUGUACAUAUGUGCGUUACAAAGGUGUUACCUAAGCUCCCAUCUUUCCCGUUCCCACAUGCCCACACUUCCCUCUUGCCCACCCCAAAAGCAACAGACAGAAAAGGGUGUGCGCAGAUAACAAACGUAAAAGGCUAAAUGGAAACACCGACCGUUAGUGUCGGUGUGUAUGAGUAACGUAACCUGUUGCAAUAACUCAGACGAUCAGAGUGAAGAAAUAAACGAACAACCAAAAGCAUCCCCAAAAAACU